AUGAGCAAUCGUGAAAGUCUCGACGAAAGUUUAAUUAUGGAUUACGACCAAGUCUCCGAAAACUAUAAUUUCGUGACGAAAGCAUUGUCGAGACUCAAAAGAUCUUCCAAAAAUGAGAACAUGAAGACAUCAUAUGUUAUCACUUCUACUAUGAAUGCGGAGAAGUCUCUGGCAGGAAUCUUCGAGGAGUACGGUAAUUUUCCGCUUCCAGAUUGGAUGACAGCUGCAAUCAUUCGGGAUGUUUCGAAUGCGCUAAUCCAGCUUCACAGUAAUCAAAUUGUUCACGGAGCUGUUACUAUUGACAAAGUUUUCAAAAUGAAAGACGACUUCUCCUUCUGCAUACUGACUAGCAGAUCGCAUGCCAGAAAAAUGGAUGCCCAUAAGUUCGAAACCGUAAGAUUUUUAAAGGCGCGCCACAGAAAUGCAUCUUCGUUACAUGACUAA